AUGUCUUUGCUUAUUUCCAGAUUGGCCUCUCGGUUGGUUCAGAGCGGUCCGUCCGCGCCCCCGUCAAUCUUGAAGUCGAAAUGUGGCUGUCGAAAGAUUGCAUACACGGCUGUCUGCCAGCAGUGGCAAAGGCGACGAUUCCCGGCACAUCUGCAGCCUGCUGCAGCUGGCAGUCAGGCCCCUUCUGUCAAAGACAAACUGCCAAAGUCAAAGAGCGCCCCUGCGUGCUUUGGGGAAUUUGAUUUGCAGAACAAGGUCUUUGUCGUCACAGGCGGAGCUCGUGGGCUCGGUUUGACACUCGCCCAAGCAUUGGUCGAGGCUGGCGGAAAAGUGUACUGCCUGGAUCAACUCGCCGACCCAGACAAGGAAUUCGGGAUCGCCAAGGACAGACUCGGACCACAGUAUGGAUGCUCACUGAACUAUGACCAGGUCGAUGUCCGCGACGCCGGAAACUUGGACCGUGUUAUUUCUGGGGUUGCCGACAAACACCAGCGUCUUGAUGGGCUGAUAGCCGCUGCUGGUGUGCAAAAUGUCCAACCUGCACUCGAUCACACGCCCGAGAAAAUCAUGGAUAUGAUGGACAUCAACUACAAGGGUGUCUACUGUUCUGCAGUCAGCUGUGCCCGGCAGAUGGUCAAGUAUGACUGCGCCGGAUCCAUGUUACUAAUUGCCAGCAUGUCUGGCCUCAUCGCCAACAAAGGGUUCACUUCGUCCGUAUAUAACUCUUCAAAAGCAGCCGUCUGUCAGCUCGCUCGCAGUCUGGCGAUGGAAUGGGGCCAAAUGAAAAAGGGAAAGCCAAUCCGAGUCAAUGCACUCUGUCCUGGCAACAUUAUGACCCCUAUGGUCAGAAAGAACUUUGAAGAUGAUCCUCAUCUGAAGGGACUUUGGGAGAAGGAGAAUAUGCUCGGUCGCAUCUCUGAGCCAUCUGAGUAUCGUGGAGCUGCACUAUUCUGUUUGAGUGAUGCCAGCACCUUCAUGACUGGAUCACAGGUAGGCGAAUUGUCUAUGCCAGUAGAAGUGGAUACUUACACUGUACUAAUCGUCAAAUCAGCUCAUUAUUGA